AUGGCAGAAAUUGUCAAAUUAAUCGCGCUGAGGCCCAUUACUUUCUUUGCCUUCUUGACGCUUGUUGUGUUGUUGCUGCCUAGUGUCAUCAUCCCGAUAUGGUAUCAGAUGAUGAAAAACAUUGAGAAGAAUGUGGGCAAGGAAACGAGUUAUGCUAGUUUCGAGCUAAUUAAAAAUUUUCAAGACGUAGCAAAACUAAUUCCUCCCAUAAAUUCAUCAGCAAUUGAUCUAUCAAAUGUUUUGAACAUUGAUAAUACGCGUGACAAACUUUUAUUUCCUGAUAUUCAAAAGGAGGUUGCGCCUGCAUUAUUCAUAUCACUAUUGGUCAUACCUCAUUUAAUCCAAGCUUCAUACAUUGGAUUGGAUGGCCUCUUCUUUUCAUAUAUCAAAGUCGAUGAUCAAAUAUUUGCAUUAUACUCAAACUCAACUUUUGCAAAUAAUCUUGAUCAUUACACUUGGUAUACUCAACUAGUAAAAUCUACUAGUGGAGAAUUACUUGGAGAAGCCAACAUCACAAAACCCCUUAUUGUAAUCAAUGAGAUAUGGUUCAAAGUAGCUAUGGAUAGCCCAAAUGGCUAUGCAUCGUUAGGGUCUCGAUGGUAUACUAACGAUGGAAAAGAAUCGUCGAUUCUAUUCUUAGACACUGCGAGGCUAGGUAGAGCCGGAGCCAUAUCUCUCGGGUUUUCUAGUGAAGAAGUAACAACGUUCUUCUCUAGUACAAAUCUUUUGGAUGCAAGUUUGUACAUGGCAACCCUUGGUGGUGACAAGGUACUAAUGGAUGGUAUAAAAGACGUCGACAUCAAAAUUAAGAAUGACAAAGCUUUGGUGCAAGGUAGCAACCAAACUUAUAUAGGUGAAAUUUCAUGCAAUUCCAACAACAAUGGUGUUACCAAUAUUGGUGGUACCGCCUUAGACAUUGGAGGAGCCAAUUUCAUUUUCUAUUGCUCGUCGAUUGAUGUUGCAAGGGUGCCAAUGGUAUAUGUAUUGGCUUAUCCAAGCAAUAGAUUAAUCAUCAAUGUCCACAAUCACACAAAGGUGGAAUUGAUACUUUUAAUUAUCAUGUUGAUUGGCAUGAUAAUCUCUGUGUUCAUGCUUGUCACCCUGGUUGUUAGAGCGGCUAGGAGGGAAGUGCACUUGCGUGCAGCAUACAUGAAGGAAAUGGAGAAAACAGCACAAGCUGAGAGAAAGAGCAUUAAGCAAAGCUUGGCCUUUGCGAGUGCUAACCAUGAUGUUCGCGGCUAUUUAGCUUGCAUCAAGGGCUUGACCGAACUCUCUGCUUCUGAUCUUUCUCCCUUUUCUCAAGUUGCUUCUAACUUGAGGAAGAUAGAUACUUGUGUUGAGGAUCUUUUAGCAUUAGUGAAUUCUAUCCUAGAUUACAGCAAGAUAGAAGCAGGGAAAAUGCAAUUGGAUGAGAAUGAAUUCAACUUAGCACAACUGCUGGAAGACGACGCUGAUUUACACCACCCGGUUGCCAUGAAAAAGGGAGUCGAGGUGAUCCUAGACCCUUGUGAUGGUUCCAUCUUCAAGUACUCCCUAGUAAGAGGUGACCGCGGCAAGCUCAAGCAGAUCCUUGGCAACUUGCUAAGCAAUGCAAUCAAGUUCACUUCACAAGGGAGCAUCUGUAUUAAAUGCCAAGCAAAGAAACCGAGCUUUGAGAACCCUAUUGUUACUUCAGACAGGUUGUCAAAUGAUCUCGAAGACAUGAAGAUAAUCAAGCAAGAUUCAAACUGCAUGGAGUUUGAGUUUAUGGUGGAAGAUACAGGUCCUGGGAUCCCUAAGGACAAGCGUGGUUCGAUCUUUGAGAACUUUGUUCAAGUCAAAGAAAACUCUGCAGGGCAAGUUGGAACUGGUUUGGGACUAGGCAUUGUACAAUCUUUGGUAAAAUUGAUGGGGGGAGACAUAGAAAUCGUAGACAAAGCCAAUGGCGAACAAGGGACAUGCUUCAAAUUCAACAUCUUUUUUAUAGUACAAGAGGAAUGUUUGGAUAACCCAAGGCAAGAAUUGAUAGAGCAUAGGGACAUCAACUCGGGCUCAGGGUUAAGCGCGUGUGUUCGUAGUCCUAGAGGUGAAAAGUCUUUAGUGAUUCUCUUGAUGAAAAAUGAUGCACGGAGAGGAAUGAUCCAUAGAUACAUGGAGAACCUUGGUGUAAACUUGAAGGUCCUAAGCCAGGGGAAGCAACUCUCUCCGACCCUUAAGAAGGUUAAAUCUAUGCUCAUUGAUCCUCUAUUUAACUCAUCGUCAGGGAGGUCAGACACGAGUCCUCCUCGUGGAACCUACUUGAGUAACAACCCUGAUCGCAGUGGUAGAGGUGGUUCCAAACUCCCUCCUCUCAAUAUGAUGGAAUGCAUACUGCUUGUAAUAGAUUGCAAUGCAGGGGAUGAUUUUCAGAAAAUGCAGAGAUUGGUGUCUGAGUUUAGAAAGGACUUAUACAUGACAUGCAUCAAGGUAGUUUGGCUCGGUAGGCCUGGCACCAGCAGGGCUAAAUUACAAGGUUUACCAGAUGAGAGUCUCCCUUCGACAGAUCUUAUCAUAUCGGAGCCUCUUCAUGGGUCACGCUUAUUAAGGAUUGUGAAUCUUCUUCCUGAGUUUGGGGGUGAUUCUGUAAGAUCUCCUACUUCUGGGAGAUCAAAGAGAUCCAAUACUAGUGUUGCAGUUUUAAUAAGCAACACACAGUCGGAAACUGAAGAAGACAAUAUCGAGUCUAGUGAUGGGGAGAUCAAGUUAGUAAGAAACAGGAGAAGCUUACAAUUAACUACUAGUGGUGAUAACUAUGCUCAUGAACAAGAAGUCCCUCAAGUUCUAAUGAGCUCUAGUCCGUCGAUGACUAAUACUACUCAAAUGGGAGAAAUACAAGAAGUUCCAAGGGAUGCAGAGACCGAGAAAUCUCCUUUGGAAGGGAAAAAAAUACUGCUUGUUGAAGAUCAUAUGUUACAAAGAAUGCUAGCUGAAGCAUGUGUUAAGUGUUUAGGUGCCGAAACUCAAACAUGUGAAAAUGGUGAAGAAGCUCUUGAGGUGGUAUGCAAAGCUUUGAGCAACCAGCAAAGUGGAGAGCCCUCUAAGUUUCCAUAUGAUUUUAUAAUCAUGGACUGUGAGAUGCCAGUGAUGACUGGCUUCGAAGCAACACAAAAAAUCCGAGAAGAAGAGAAGAAGUACGGAGUACACAUCCCGAUUAUUGCACUGUCAGCUCACGAGGUUGAUGGAGAGGAAGGCAGGAAGAUUGCUGAGGCUGGAAUGGAUUUCCACCUGACAAAGCCACUCCGCGAUGAAGAGCUUCUAAAAGUACUACAAAAUCUGUUAUAA